CGGGCAGAGGGCCGUGUUUCCGCCGGACCCGCUGUGCGCGCACGCAGCCGCUCCUUUCCGCUUCCGGGUGGGCUCGUGUGUCCGCAGGGCCGGAGCGGCUCAGACGGGGCUGUCCGUGCGCAGCGGCGGCAUGUGGCGGCGGCCGGCCUGGCAGGUGUUCCGCCAGUUUGUGAGACAUGAGUCUGGUGAUACAGUUGGCUCGUUGGUCCUUGAACGAUCCAUGAAUCGUGUUCAGUUACUUGGUCGGGUUGGACAGGACCCUAUCAUGAGGCAAGUGGAUGGAAAAAAUCCAGUUACCAUAUUUUCUCUUGCAACCAAUGAGAUGUGGCGAACAGGGGAGAACGAGGUAGCACAGACAGGCGAUAUCAGUCAGAAGACAACAUGGCACAGGAUCUCUGUCUUCAGACCAGGUCUCAGGGACGUUACGUAUCAAUAUGUGAAGAAGGGUUCUCGGCUCUACGUUGAAGGGAAAUUAGACUAUGGUGAAUAUACAGAUAAAAACAAUGUGAGGAGGCAGGCGACAACAAUUAUAGCAGUGUUCAGUAUCCUCAGUCACAAUAUGUUUCAGAAGCUACUGAGCCUUGAUGAAACACUAGUUUCUUAUCACCCCGUGAUCUGGUGGCAUGGUAGUGCCUACUGAAAACGAGAAAACAAAAUGGAAAUAAGCUGUAACUGAUAGAGAUCAUAGUCAAAGAAUUGAAAUGUUAUUUCACAAUGCUUUGGUUAACUUGAUGAAAAUCUGCUGAACAAAGAUAACCCAUUUAUUUUGUAGCAUAUUUGGUUAUCUUGAAUUGUCAUUCUUUUGGGGAGAUAAAGCCAGAGCCUCAUAUCAGGCAGUUUCAUUCUGUGAAAUGUUCUGUUCUGAAAUACAUGUCUUUGUGGCUUAUUUUAACACAAAUAGAUUCUUUGUGGUUGUGAAGGCAUGCAACAUUGCAAAACAAU